AAAAUACAGUAUCUGGGCGUCGUUCGGCCAAACCCUUUGAUUACCUUUAACGAGGCUGUGCUUACAGUUCCACACAAAGUCCAACCGCUGUGGACUUGUCACUCUCCCUCCUCUGUAGGAAGGAGGAGUAGCGAUCUGACACGAUCCCCCCCUGAAGACUGUCUGGGAGCUCGUGUUGUGUGGUGUGUGCGAGGGAUCGAGAGGUUCUCCAGAUACAAAGCAGUGAUGAGGAUUCCCAGUUACCAGACCCUUAGCACCUUGCUAUUAGCUUCUGUCUCUCUGGUUGUCGUCACUGAACAACAAGGAUCUUUACCCUCAGGCCCAUUCAUGUCAAUGCAUCUGAAUGUUGUUGAAGAAACAAAUGGAAUUCAAACGCUUUUUCAGUUCACUUCAAUUGACCCAGCUGUAAAAUCUUUUAAGACCAGUGGUGACAAAGCCAACAGGUUCCAAGUGUUUCCAAAUGGGUGGCUGAUUCUGAAUGGUACCCUGGACCGUGAACAGCAGGCAUUCAUCUUACUAAAGGUUGAAGGCCUGAAGGAGAAUGCUGAAAAACUCAUAGGACCUAUCAUCAUUUCAAUCAAAGUCGUUGAUGUAAAUGACCAUCGACCAGAAUUUGGAGAAGAAAAGGAAGGAAUUGUACGACAACAUUCAAGACCUGGAAGACCUUUCAUGUAUGUUAAUGCCACCGAUUUGGAUGACCCUUUAACUCCUAAUGCUAAACUUGAAUACUCCAUCUUUAGGCAGUUACCAAUGCAUAACGGUGUCUGGUUUUUCCAGAUUGAUAGUGAAACAGGAGAAAUCUCUACUACUGAUGAAGGCACCAAGCAGCUCAAUCCUGAAGAUGAACAAAAAUAUGAGCUGCUAAUUAAAGUAAAGGAUUCAGCCCCACCAUUUCUGGACGGCACGACCGCAGUAUCAAUUAUUGUGAAGGAGAAUUUGUGGCAGGAUCCUAAGCGAGUAAAUAUCGUUGAACAUUCUCCUGGACCUCAUCCCAGAACCAUUGUGAAGGUGCAGUGGAACAACCCUGGUGCAAUAUAUGAACUCAGGUCAAAGGAGAGGAGCAACUUCAAAUUACCUUUUGCAGUUGACAGUUAUGGUAACAUUAGUGUGACAAAGCCCCUUGACAGAGAAGAAAGGGAUGAGUAUGUGUUUUUAGCGUAUGCGCUGGAUAACCAAAGAAAUGCUCUGGAAGAGCCUCUGAAUAUUCACGUCACAGUAGAAGAUAUCAACGACAAUGCACCAGUUUGUGAACCAGCUACAUUUGAAGUUCAAGAAAAUGAAAAACUAGGAAGCUCUAUUGGAAAUGUGAUUGCUACAGACAGGGAUGAUCCCACCAGUGAAAAUAGCUUAUUGAAGUAUCAAAUUGUCAAACAAUGGCCUACAAAACCACAAGACUCACUAUUCUCAAUCGAUCAAUAUGUUGGAAAUAUUGGUCGGAAUCAGGGGAAUCUGCAGAAACAUGAAGCAUCACACUACAAUCUAACUAUCCUGGUUUCUGACAAUGGAAUAAAUCCAGAAGAGCUAAGCACUGAAUGCAUUGUACAAAUCAUUGUUAUUGAUAUCAACGACCAGAUCCCUGUCUUUGUGAAAACAGAGUAUGGCACAAUCAAACUACCAGAAAACACUCCAUUGGACAAAGUAUUGAUUAAAAUCCAGGCCACAGAUAAGGAUGAGCCUUCCACCGGGAGCUCUGAAAUAUUGUACAAAAUCAUAAGUGGUGACAACAGAGGAAGUUUCAAAAUAACAACUGAUGUGAGGACAAAUGAAGGAUCAGUGAUGUUGGCUAAGCCACUGGACUUUGAAACACAACAAUCCUAUAACUUAAUCAUAAUUGCCGAAAAUCCAGAGCAACUGGUAGAUGGAAAGAAAUACAACUCUACCGCAACCCUGAAUUUCAUGGUGGAAGAUGUUCAUGAGCCACCGUAUUUCUUAAAUUCUUCAUAUCAGCUAUCGAUACACGAGAAUAGCAAAGUGGGCACAUCCUUGCUAAAAGUGGAGGCUCUGGAUCCUGAAGGAAGUAAGCUGAGUUAUUCAAUAACAUCUGAUCCACUCUCCUGGGUGAAGAUUAACGCUCAGUCUGGAGAGAUCUUCAUCAAUAAAGAAAUGGACCGUGAAACGGAAUCUAAGUAUGAUAUAAAGGUUACUGCAACGGAACAAGGUGGUUCUUUCAUGAGUUCUACAGUUGAUGUCGCCAUCUUCUUGCUUGAUAUCAAUGACAAUGACCCUAGAGUAUCAGACGGUUUCAAUAAGCUUUUCACUUGUUUCCCUGUUAUGAAAGAGGAGAAGAUGAUCUUCAAGGCUGCAGAUUUUGAUUCGCAGUACGGUUUUCCCUUCACAUUUUCUAUUGACGGCUCAAAUAAUGAUUGGAAACUCGAGAAAAUAAAUGGAAGUCAUGCUUAUAUUGUCACAAAGCACAAGCGUUAUGAACAAAAAGUGUACGAAGUCCCUGUGAAGAUUUUUGACAAUGACGAGCCACCUCGUUCGGGAGAUGCGUUGAUACAAAUAAAUGUCUGCAAAUGCUCAACAGCAAAAACCUGCUUCGUUCCAAUAGAAGAUAUUGGACAUGCAUCAAUAGGUCUCGCCUUAGGAUUGCUCCUGGGAUCCUUGGUUCUCAUAGGUUCAAUUCUUGCAGUGGUAUUUAUCCGUUUGAACCGCAAAAAGAAAGGAGAGUUAACGGCAAAGCCGAAAAAAGAAAAUACAAGAGAAGAAAAUGUUCCACUGAAACAGGUUCAGUAGGAGUUUGGACUUCUUCUGGGCCCGAAAUAAAUUUUUUCAAUUGGCUAAUAUUCUGGGUCUCCUGCAGACAGACUCAAGACAUUCCCCACAAACCAUUUUUAUCCCUGAGUUACUAAACCAUGGAACACAGCUUCAUUUGUAGUUUAUAAAUUCACCACACACUUUUAUUUAUGAGUUUUAAAAGCCCCCUUUUAAAGAUUUGGAAACAUGUGCAUUAUAGUGUGUUCUUCAGCAUUGAGUAUACUAUUAACAGUGUUGCAUGAUGUCAUGGAAUCUCAUUCCUUAAUCUGGUUUUCUUCAACUUUAGUUCUAUCUGAUACCUGGAGUUAAUGAAAGCCCGGAUGUUAACAUUUUUUUUACCCUGUUACUGUAGAAUAGAAUGUGACCUGCUGAAAAUGGAGAGAAGUUGACAUAACUCAGAUUGUAAACAAACAAAGUGGAAAUUCCACCACAGGAUCUUUUUGAAGUAAACCUUAAAAUGCUGUUUGGUUUGUGUUAACUAUGUAAUAAAAUGGAGGAAAAGUGAAA